GUUAGAGCAGCAUCCAGACAAUGACGAAGAAAAUCGAGAGGUUGUUUGCAACUUUUACAGUAGUAUUUUAUACAAAAAGACUAGAUUUUUUGUCUGGUUUCUUCAGUGCUUCAAUUUAUUGGUAUAAAUAGACAAAAAUGUUAUAUGCAUGAUAAAACAUUUCCAUAGUGCCCAAGGAGAGAACAAUUGAUAGAAGAGGUUCGUUGGUGUAAUUAAUACUGACCAGAAUAGCACGAACCUCUGAUUCAUCUAUCUGAUACAUAGUCUCCUCUCCUGAGCAGAAUUGUUUUGUUUUUGAAAUUCUAUAGAAAGUUAUUUUAUCAAUUAAAAUUUUUCAACCAGCUUUGAGUCAUGCAGAUUAAUUAUUGCUUGUUUUAUCCUUAUAACUAUGCAGAAUUCCAAAAUUAAAUGUUCAAUAAUUUCCCCAAUUUAAUGUUGAAAAUGUCAUAAUUUUGUAGCAUUAUCUUAAAUAAUGAAAUGUUGAUUCACUAUUUAAUAUCAUGGAUUGAUGUGUGUGAAGAAUGUAUUUAAAGAUGUAAGGAAUAUCUAAUAUUAUGCAAAUCAGCUGACCUUGUUUUUCCCCCAAAUCUCAUUUACUUGUGAAGUUCAGAAAAAUUAACCAGCAGAUUUAUAUUUCUCAGCCUUCAGUGAUUGUAGCACAAAAAUUAAAAUAAUGCUAUUCAUGAUUUAUAUGAUCUAUUUUCAAUACUGCUGGAUUAGCAGAUAAUGUAAAUUAGUAUGAUUUUCGUUCAAUUUUAAUUCUAUAAGCACCUCUAAAUGAAAUGUAUAUGGAGUAUUUGGGCAAGAUUGGAAAAUAACUGAUGUAAAACAAGAAAGGAAAAUUAAUGAUGUAGAUACCAUUUGUUAAUUCUUUGCAUCCUUAGAAAACGAAUGGACUUUUAAAGCAGAAUGUUAAUAAGAAACUUGAUUUUCUAUUUAUUUAAAAAUAUUUGGUCAGUUUUAUGAAGAGAACUCAUUGAAAUUCAGGCAGUUGUUCCAUUAAAAUAAUCAGUUGUGGGCCCAUUCAUCCUUGUGUCAAAAAAACAAUUUUUAAAAUUAUGAUUAAAUGAUACCCUGAAAGACUUUCGUCGUCCAAAUCAGAAUGUAAGAACCAAUGAAUGCAAUUAUGCCCUGAACCAUCAGGGCAUAAUUGACGAGUUACAAAAAAGAAUAAAAGGGCAAAAGGCCAGAAUAAAUAUGCCAAGGUGUAACGCAAAAAGCAGAAUACUUAUGAUCAAGAGAGCCAAUAAGGAAACCAUGGAAAUUACAAAGGAAGGAGUCAAAAAAUUGGACAACGUGGAAGAGAAGGUGAAUAAGAAAUUCGCCCCCAAAAUUAUAGUCACGACAUUCCCGGUGCUGUGGAUGAGAGUGAAAUUUUGGGGGAAUUUACAAGGCACAAUUUUGAAGGCACGGAACUAGCUUAACCGAGGUGGUUAAGAGGUGAAUGUAAAAAUGUAUGUAGAGAGAACUGUAGUAAUAACGUAGAUAAAAAUUAUAAAAGGUAUUAUAAAGGUGGUGGUGGUAGUAUAUAGUAUGUAGAAUAAGAAAUUAGGCUAAGUAUACAUGUAAAUAAUAAUUAGGUUUUAGAAAUGGUCUAUGUAGAUGAAAAGUAAAUUUUAAAUAUCCAUGUGGAAAAAAGUACUAGAAAUUACAAAAUACAGAUAUAAACAAUUAAUGUAAAGUGAUGUAGAGGUGACAGUAGGAGCCAUGCUCAAGGACUAGCCUCUGUGUCACUAUCUGACCUUUGGCCACCAAAAUUUAGCAGAGGAAAAGAUACACUAAAAUAAUAUUUAUGCACGACAUAGAAAACACCAAUACUGGUAGUACUUUUCUGAGCACAUGCGGUAUGGUGCUUUUACCUGUAUGAUUUUCCAUCAAAUUGUUAACGUGUUAAGUAGAGAGAACUAAACGAUUUUCAAAACCAU